AUGGCCUAUCUUCGCGGUUGGCGGGUUUCUUGCCUCAGACAUUCUGAGGACGGCGUUAAACGUCCAUUCAGUGUUGUUUUAGAACAUCGGGAUAAGCAGGAGGCUCUCCAUUUUGAAUCUGGUGCAAUUACUGAGUUACUUCAUAAUGAUUACGCCCUAAUUAGAGACCGUUUUGCUAGAAUAGAGGAUGUUUUCGGCUGUUUAGGUGUAUACAAGUCCUCUACGUAUGACCCGGUCUUGAAAGCAUACCCAUCGUUUCUUGUAAUCGUUACAGAGUGCAAACUCAUUGGCAAACUUCCUCUGUACGAAGUUUAUCGAAUCAACAGUGUUCGUUUUCUUUGUUUGGAUAAGGACAACUAUGAGGAUGAAUCUUGUAAUGAGAUCAGGAAGCUGAUUUCUUCUGGUGCGUUCUACUUUGCAAAGCAACUUUCUACCGGGAUGCCGUACGACGUGACCAGAAACACUCAAAGCUAUUUUCAGCAUGCCGAGGGCCUUGAAAAUUUUCCAACUAAUGAAUUCAGUGAUCAGCGCUUUCUCUGGAAUCGGGGACUGUUAACGCCAUUUUACCAACAGGGCAUCACAACCGCCAACUGGAUCUACCCUGUUAUUUGUGGUGGCUUCGGUGUGUCCACUCUUUAUGCUGGUUUGAAACGCGCCCAGAUUUGUGUCGUUUCGCGUUUAUCCACACUGCGUCCGGGAACUCGAUUCAAUGUCCGUGGUGUCGACGACAAUGGAUAUGUAGCCAACUUUGUUGAAACUGAAGUGCUCAUCUACGUGGACAACCAAGUUCUGAGCCACGUGCAGAUCCGUGGGACGGUUCCGUUGUUCUGGGAGCAGCCGGGCCUCCAGGUGGGCUCGCACAAAAUCAAAAUCCUCCGCUUCCACGAGACCUCCUUGAAGGCCUUCAAUCGCCACUUUGCCGAAAUCCUCUCGCGCUACGGCGAGACUAUCAUUCGGGCACUUGUAACCUCUGAUGAUUUCUAUACCUGUUUUGCCGUUCUUCCUAUGGUUGUUGUAUUUUUUCCACUUUUUUGCUGUAUGAUUUUCAUUGUCGGCUCCUAUUAUUUGCCACAGUCCAAAAUAGGCUAUGUUGCCUUCGACUACCACGCGGUUGUGGGAUCAGAGGGUGUCGAAGGCGUCAAGUCUCUCCUCUCCCGUCUGGAGUAUCGUCUCUCCGUGUGGGGAUACUUUCACUUCGAUGGAACUCAAGUGAAACGCCGUCAGACGGGAGUGGUGAGGACAAAUUGCGUUGACUGUCUGGACCGGACCAACGCCCUGCAAACCAUGAUUUCAAUUAUGCUCCUUCGGGCGCAAUUCCUCAACGCACUGGAUCUCCUCUCCGGCACUAACCAGUACACGGACAGACAUGCACAGGAAAUUCUCCAGUCGCGCAAAGGUCGGGUUAGUGGACGCGAAUCACCACGAGUCACCACAACUGAUUCCCCCCCCCCACCAUCCCCGAAUGUGUGGUUCGCUCUCCAAGUCCUUUGUGUCCUUCUCACCUCGGGUUGUGUUCGAGGCGGAUAUUCUCGCUCUUGUUUCAAGUCCAAUCUCCAGCACUCAGGUUUGGUGAAUCACCAGGUCGGAACACCGAGUAAUGUGCCGUUCCUGGAUUCGAUUGUUCUUACUCAGCUUGUUGGUUUUCUUGCAAAAUGCCCCCUCACACUCGUUCAGUUGCUGCAUAUGUUCUACGCCAUUGUUGAAGCACUCCUGUGCGUUUCUUCCAGUGGUUGGAUCAUCACAAGGCUAGACUCGCCAACAUGGCGGACUACCGUAGCAACGGUUAUUUUCACCUACCGACUGCUCUUUCAGCAAAUAACUCUCAGCCUCGUAGCUCUCUGGAUUGAGAACGGGGAUAACGUGAGUAGGAUUUACACGGGCACAGGGGCGCUGGGCGGUGACCGUUCGAGGUUCAAGAACGUCCAACGCAGCGCCACACGCACCAUCAAAAACAACUUCUUCGACGGCGCCAAGCAGGAGGCCAUGGUGGCUCUGGUCAACACCUGCAGUCUGGUUGGCUGGCAGCGUCUUGUCGCUGGACAAUUUCUUCCUCGACGUCUUCACUUCCUGCCACAGUCAGUGUUGCAGAGCAUCCUCGACAGAAACGCCGACUUCACGCGACGAGAGCGACUGAAAAUCUUCGUCGGAACGUGGAACGUCAACGGUGGCCGGAACACGCGCUCCCUGGCCCACAUGGACAACGACCUCUCGGAUUGGCUGUUUCAAGGCCAACACAGCUGGGGCUUCCGCAACCCCAACGCGCCUCCAGAGGCCUUCGCCCGGCCCACCGACAUCUUCGUUGUGGGCUUCGAGGAGAUCAUCGACCUGAACGCAAGCAACGUUGUGGCCGGGAGGCAGCGCUCGGACAAUCAGGAGCACUGGGGCGAGACGCUGCAGGGCAUGCUCGACGUGGCCUCGGUCACCGGCGAGCCCUACGUCCUGCUUUGCACCACGCAAAUGGUCGGUGUGUGCAUCUUCUUGUUCGUCCGCCUCGGACUCUGCGAGCACGUACGCAGUCUGUUCUCGGCGUCAAUCAAGACUGGCAUGCACGGCAAAGCCGGAAACAAGGGUGCUGUCGCUGUCCGAUUUCAGAUUGGUGCAACUACGCUGUGCUUCUGUUGUGCUCAUCUAACCGCCGGCCAAUCAGCAGUUCGUGAGCGCAACGCCGAGGUCAGCGAUAUCAACCAGCGUCUCCUUCUGCCACCGGACAAGCGCAGCGUCCCCUCACACGACUACGUGUUUUGGUUCGGCGACCUCAACUACCGCAUUGAUUUGCCCAACGCGGAGGUGAAAAAUCUCAUCUCCAAGAGCUCGUGGUGUGACCUCUUGAGGUCGGAUCAGCUUUCUGUCCAUCGGGAGGCGAAGGCCGUCUUCGAGGGCUUCUUAGAAGGGCCUGUCCGUUUCGCGCCGACGUACAAGUACGACCUCUUCUGCGACGACUACGACACCUCCGAGAAGGCGCGUUGUCCGGCCUGGACCGACCGAAUUCUCUGGCGUCGAGCCAACCUCACCUUUAAAAAGUCCUCCAAUUCCGCGCGCAGCAAUGAAGAUUCUGAGAAGAUAGCUUUGAGCAACCUCCUCGUCUACCACAGGACCGAAAUCAAAACCAGCGAUCACCGACCUGUCUCCGCUGUCUUCGAUGUUGACAUUCAAAUCGUGGAGCCCGAGAAGCGUCGCCAGGUCGUGGAGGGGGAGCUGCUGGCAGCUGGACCCGGCGACGCGACCGUGCGUGUGCGGUGGACCAGCGAGAACGCGAAUGCUCCGGUCAGUGCCGACGACAUCUACCAGUCCAUCGUGGAGUUGGCCAGUUCCGCGGGCACCAUUGUGCUCACGCGCUUCCACGGCGUGGAUCAACUCAUGCUGACCUUCUCGACGCCCUAUGAAGCCGUGGAAGCAGUGAGGUGUUUGAACGGCAACAAGGUGUCCAUCGAGACAGCGAGGCAGCAGGUGGUCCUCUCCGUGUGCUUCAAUUCCGCGCCCAGUCUGCCGGUGGCCAGAGGUGGCCUGGGCUGCGACGGUCUACAAAGCUUCUCCACCGCCCUGAACAGGUUCUCUACCGACGAGAAGACACGUGAUUGGCUUACUCAGAUGAACUCGUUGGUUGCUGGGGCUGAGGACGAGUACCUGCGCACUCACGGACCGCCUCCGGAUUCUGAAGUCUUCAAGCCAACUGUAAGCUUGGCGCACCUUCGACUCAAGGAGAAUGUGGUGGCGGACGAACAGCGUCGACGCCAGAGGGUCACUAUUCUGGCCAAUGAGGAUCAGGCCCUUAUCGAUCUUUGGGACGGGGAGGAGAAACCCAACGCGACCGCACAACCGGCACCACAUGCCUGUGUACCACCUCGACCACCACCGCCCUCGUCAGGGUCUCAGCUCCCGGACGCAUCGAUUUUGAGCCAGCUGCUGCACCCGGGGGCCGCACUUCACUCUGCGCAGAGUUGUAACGACCUAUUCAGUGAUUUCUGUGAUACCGAGACGAAAUCUCAAAAUCGGGUGCCCAAACAACCCACCCCCACACUCCCCGGUGCACUCGGCUCUCCGAUUUUGAGGCAUGCCUCGGCGCGUGACUCACCUCAGCACCCGCAGGUGACGAUUCCAACCCCACCUCCGCCCAAACGCCUUCCCCCGCGGCCCCCACCACAACCCCCCGCUAACUCUUCGGCCGCCUUCCAGCCGCUCAUCGAUCUUACCACUGAUCUUCCCGUUGUCUCCCAUAAAAUGGAAGCCCGUGGAGGCGUGCCAGACCACCCAAAGGUGAUGCCACCACCAACCAUAACCCCGAGACCCCCACUAACCCCCGAACGCGUGGCACCUCCCAUUCCAGUGCGUCCGAAACACCUCGAUAACACCGCACCCCGCCCGGAAGCGAAAUGA